AUUGACGUCAGAAAACGAGUCGGUCGUCUGCACUUAAGGGAAACACCGCUAGUCCAAGCAAAAGCAGUCACAUUGACUUACCAUGGCUCGUGGAACGGGCAACCACGGCUGGUCGGUGGUCCGGCUGGCAGUUGUGGCGGUGAUAUGCUGCAUAAACGUUGCAGCCCACCGGCAUGCUGCGAGGCCGACGGUGGCCGAGGCCUCCGACCUCGUCUAUCUGUUCCACCGACCCGCAGAGCCCGUCUUCUCCCUGCGGGGCGUGCACCGCAAUGUGGCGUUCGACGUGCCUCGCCCCUACCUGCCUGAGCGCUACCGCCACGUUGCUCAAGAGAUCCGUGCUGCCGCCUUGCGCAGCGGCGCACGCCUCAUCCAGGUGCCCAAUCUUCCAAUGCCAGAGAAAGAGUUCGCAGAUGUCAACGGGAUCCUACCUUACCGGAGUCCGUUUACCAUCUCGGCACCAACGUUUCUCAACCUCGUCAGACGAUUCUGGCACUUUUUUCGUGACAGCAAAACGGUGCCUGAGCUGGUGGCAAAGGCUGUGUGGGCUCGACUUCAUUUCAACCCGGAGAUGAUUCUGCACACACUUCUUCUCACGAUGUUGAGGUCCUCUCUUAAGGGUGUAAAGGACGUUCAAAUACCAGAGCUUCCCCAGUACAUUCCUGAACUUUACACAGACGACGAGUUCUUUGCGAAGGUCCGCGAGGAGAUGUACUUCCUUCCAGAAAAAAAUAGAAUCCCGGUGCCCGUGUUGAGAAUCGUGACGGCGGAUAAGGAGUCCCCGCUGUGGUACUUCCGAGAAGAUCCUAAUUACAACGUGUUCCACUGGAAAUGGCAUGCGAGGUACCCCAUGGGAUACGACGACCCGCAGUACGUGGACCUGCCUCGCCGAGGAGAAUUGUUCGUGCAUCUGCAUCGGCAGAUUGUUGCUCGGUACAACGCUGAGAGGUUCACUAACGGUCUUCCGGCAGUCCUGCCGAUGGAUGUGAGUAAGCCGCUACAAAUCGGCUACUUUCCGAAGAUGGUUCAUCUACACGGGGCGAAGGGAACCAUUGGCAGACAAGCCAACACAUCUUUGCUUCCGAUAAAAGACUUCGUGCAGAAUCAUUUCAAGCAAAGAGCCUUGUACGAGGAAGUACUUAAACAGGACUAUGUGGUGUAUAAAAACGGUACGAAAGUGAAGCUGGUGGGCAUCGCGGGAUUGGACAUCGUCAGUAACCUCCUCGAGGGCAACGCCCUUUUGUCGCCAAACAUUGACUUCUACGGGAAUAUCCACAACAACAUGCACGGAAGUUUGUCCAAGGCCGCAGACCCGUUGGGCCUUUACAAGGAGCCGUUCGCAGUGACAUCGUACAUAACGACUGUCGCAAAGGACCCCAAUUUCUACAACAUACACAAGCUAAUGGACGAUUUGUAUGAAAAGUACAAACGAAAAUUGAGGCCGUACACGUCACGCGAUGUCACGCCACUCCCCAAAGUGAGGCUCCAGUCGGUGGCGGUGCGGACGGAAGGCGCUAGUCGGGACAACGUCCUGCGCACCUUCAUGCAGGAGACGGACCUGGACGUCUCGCUGGGUCUGGACUACACUCCGCCUGGCCGCCAGUACGCCCGCUUCACGCAUUUGCAGCACAGGCGCUUCAACUACGUCUUCAAGCUAGUGAACUCUGAGAAAACAAAACGAAAAGUGUUCAUUCGGAUAUUCCUAUUGAUAACGAAAAAUGAGAACGGGGACGAAGUGGAUUUGGAUUUCCAACGUCGCUUUAGUAUUCAGAUGGACACCUUUGAAACAACACUGAAGCCUGGCGUGAACACCGUGCGGAGAGCGUCCUCCUCCUCAGCGCUGUCCAUCGACCACGACGCUAUAUUCUCGCCCCAGUCCAAGAGGUCCGAGGUCCACCGCGUCAACAGCUGCCGCUGUGGGUGGCCCCAGGGCAUGCUGCUGCCUAGGGGCAGUGAGUCAGGCACGCCCUACAAGAUCCUGGCCAUGGUGACGGACUACGAGCAAGACAAGGCUCCCGCUUCGGGUUCGGAGGUCUGCAAUGACGGCUGGCUGCUGUGCGGAGUGCCCGGCAGCAGCCACUACCCGGACGAGCGCGCCAUGGGGUUCCCGCUGGACAGACCGUACCGCAGCGGCGUGAGGACCUUGCGCGACUUCCUCACGACGAACAUGGCCGUGGCGGACGUCGUCGUUUCGUUCGAGAAGCACACUCAAAGGCCCAGUCCUCUCCUUCGCGGAGGCGCGUCUACAAGCUGGAUGCCCUCGUGAUCGGAAAGAAAAACAACCGGAGAGUGUAGGAAAUGUUAAGCCGUCUGUGUUGAGUAAUGUACACUGGAAGUUUAAACGUGAUAAGAGCACUCACACGGAAAACUGAGCAGACUCUUUUGGUAAUAAAGUUAGUAAAAUUGUGAUUUUA